ACGCGGCUGUCCAGCUCUGCGAUCAUGACCUCAUCACAUCCACUCAGCAUGGACUUCUCAAUCCGUGCAGCCAACCUGGACGACUGCAAGGACAUCGCGCGCAUGAUCAUGGAGCUGGCAGAAUAUGAGAAAGUGUCAGACCAUGUGAAAGUCACCCAGAAAGACUUGGAGCAGGAUGGCUUUUCCAAGAACCCGUUCUUUCAUGGGAUCAUCGCUGAGGUGCCAGAACAGCACAAAACCAAAGAAGGCCACACAAAGAUCGGCUAUGCACUUUAUUUCUAUGCUUACAGCUCCUGGUCAGGCAGAGCCAUUUAUAUGGAGGACUUGUAUGUGAUGCCUGAGUUCAGAGGGAAAGGUGUUGGCAAAGCACUAAUGAGCAAGGUGGCACAGCUGGCUCUGGCUGCUGGUUGCCACCAGCUCAACUUCACCGUCCUGAACUGGAACAAACCAUCGAUGGACUUUUACCUCAGCCAGGGCUGCUUCGAUGUCACUGCUACCAUGGGCUACCACUGCAUGCGCUGCGAGGGGGAGGCGCUGAAGCACCUGGCUCAACUUUAACCUAUCCGUUAUGACCUUGUGACCCUUGCAGCCAUGAGGUCAGCCCACGCACUGCAGGGAUGGAGCACCACUCAGUGGUCUCUGUGCAAAACCUAACAACUUGAAGCCCCUACCUCAGCGUCAAGGAAUGGCUCCUAGCAAAUACUCUUAUCCUUAAUAAUAAGAAAACUGAAAUUGUGGUCUUUGGCAGUAACGUUCCUCGUGGCCAACUUCGUGAUGCUUUUGGUUUUCUUACUAGCUCCCUUUCUGACACUGCUAGGAAUCUGGGCGUGUUACUUGACAGCUCGUUUAAACUUGAUAAACAAGUGUCUGCUGUUGUUAGAUCCAGUUUUUACCAACUCCGCCUUAUCUCUAAGGCUAGGCAGUAUAUCCCGCAUAAAGACCUGGAAAAGCUCAUCCAUGCCUUUGUGACCUCGAGGCUGGACUACUGCAACUCACUCUAUUUUGGUCUCCAUUCUGCCCUCCUUCAUAGAUUACAGACAGUCCAAAAUGCUGCAGCACGCAUUCUAACCAAAACUAGGAAGUUUGCCCACAUCACUCCCGUCCUAGCUGAUUUGCACUGGCUGCCUGUGAAAUACCGUAUCCAAUUUAAAAUUCUGCUGCUUACUUUUAAAAUCAUUAACAAAACAGCACCGAGCUACCUUAAGGAACUCCUUAACUCAUAUGUUCCUGCCAGGGCUUUAAGAUCAUCUACUCAGUUACUAUUGGUGCAGCCUAGAUCUCGGCUGAAGUCUAGAGGUGACCGGGCGUUUGCCCUGGCUGCACCAGAGUUGUGGAACAACCUUCCGAUUGGGAUCCGGGUGUCUGAUUCUAUUCAAUCUUUUAAAUCACUGCUUAAAGUGUAUUUGUUUAAUCUUGCCUUUUCUACCUGUUAAUGCUUGCAUUUGUUGCAUAGAUUUAUUCUUUUAAUUUUCCUACUCAUUCUUUGACUGGUGUUUUAUUAUGCUUUUAUUUGUGAUGUGUAUGUUAUAUUACCAUUGUGUAUUGGUGGCAUUUUCCUGUGAACAUAAUUUCACACUUUUAUUAAGGCCUUAUAAUACUCGUGUUAUUUCCUUGUUUUAUGUUAAGCACUUUGGUAUACCGUUGGUUUUCAAAUGUGCUCUAUAAAUAAAGAUUGUUGUUGUUGUUGUUGUUGUUGUUGUUGUUACAAGGAUAACUGUUACAUAGGCCGUCUGAAGGUCUGUGCAUAUAAGCUAAGAGUGCAGCACGCCUUUUAAAAUGAAUAUAGUUCAGAUAUGUGUUUAUUUUAUAAAUGGCAUUAAAUUGGUUUUCUAAUUUAGUUGCAGUUACAUGUAAUUUACAAGUAGUGGAUGUU